CGUAUAGCCAAAACGAAUUACUCAACUGUCGUUGACGCUAAUCCAGUGCAUCUUCUGAAACAUCAGUAGAGUUUGAUACCACACCGUUGAAGCCUCGAGUUAGUUAGUCCAGUUGCGGUGAUGCCCACCCAGAAAUUGUUUAGCCAGCUCGAUGGCCUUUUGGCCGAUGAGUUCGACUUUGAUUCCAGCAUAGAUUCCUACGAGGACGAAGCCUACGACUCGUGCUCCACCCAAGACGAACACCAAUUCCUGCGCAACAACAGCACCAAGUCCAACAGCACUCUCCUUUCGGCAGUGACAUGCCACUCUACAGAAACUGCCUCCACAGAGAUUUCCUCGUCCUCGACUUACAGACAGAAAUCCACCGCCUAUAACCACCAGCCAUAUCAAUUCCAGAAACAGGCCGACCAGCCCAAGUUUAUGCCCUACUCGGAGAAGACCCACCAGGAAGCAGUGACAAAAUCAAUCAGGUUGCACCGAAAUCUACACCAGCAAGACGCAAACUUGAAUAAUAUAUUGGAUUGUCUCCACGACAUGUCCAUCCAAGAAGAUGCGCGAUUGAACCAGAUGUUGCAAUCCGUCAUAGAGGAUAUCCAAACAUCCGUCCCGCACAAUACCCACACCAUUGAAAACUUCAAGCUCCAAUUCAAUCGGGUCAAGGGUCCUAGUAAGAGCUACUCACACUGAAAAUACAGGCUUGCCUCGCCACACAUUGCGUCAACAGGUUGAGGUGUUCCUUCCCCACACACUUUCCUUUAUGAAGACUAUUAGGCAAAAACUAAUUCAAACUGUACAUUACCACUUCAAGAUUGCCCUUGACAGAUUCUUAAUUUUUAUGGUUCACGUUUCACAAUCAUUUCAUUCAUUUCUCCUCGCAUAUUACUACCUUAGUCAUUAUUAAGUAGUAGAAUUGGUUCUGAUAUCCAAUGCUCUAUUUAUGUCUGAAUUAUUC